CAUGUGUGAUGAGGACGACAUCUCUGGUAUAGUCAUUGAUAACGGCUCUUGUGUGUGCAAGAUGGGAUACGCUGGUGAGGACUUACCAAAGUGUAGAGUCUCAACAGUGAUUGGACGUCAGCUACAUCAGCCAGCUAUGUUGGAUGUGAACUUAAAGGACCCUUACAUAGGUGACCUGGCGCAGGAGAAACGAGGGAUGCUCAGUCUGGAGUAUCCGAUAAAGCGUGGAGUUGUCACAGACUGGGACACCAUGGAGGAGUUCUGGAAACACAUGUAUUAUAACGAGCUAAGAGCGGCGCCAGAGGAGCACCCAGUCCUGAUCACUGAGCCGCCAUUAAACCCCAAGAGUAACAGAGAAAAGAUGAUAGAGACGUUUUUUGAGGCUUUAGAGGUGCCGGCAUUCUACGUCACUCUCCCCGCCAUAUUGUCGUGUUACGGCCUGGGGAGGGUGUCGGCCAUGAUGUUAGAUAUUGGGGACAGUGUCUCUCACAUUUUGCCCAUAUAUGAAGGUUACACGAUACCUCACGUGAUAGAUCGGAUAAACCUCGGAGGUCAGGAUGUCACCGAUUAUUUGGAACGUUUAGUACAUGGUAGAGGUUAUAACGUGAACAAAACGGAUCAGCGAGAAAACUUUCGGGAAAUGAAAGAAAAGGUGUGCUACUCAGCUCUAUAUUACGGAGAAGAAUUGAAGAUUUCCGAUACAGGUAGUUCUUCUGACAAGGAGAUGCGAUAUCAACUUCCGGACGGCAACACAAUAGCGAUUAACAAGGAAAGGUUCCAGGCCGGGGAGGCACUGUUUGACCCCACGUUGAUAGGAAUGGACUGUCCUGGUCUUCACGAGAAACUUUUCUCAGCCAUAAUGAAAUGUGACAUGGAUACUUCAAUGUAUGUGGCCAUCCAAGCCGUACUCUCUCUCUACUCAUCUGGCAAAACCACAGGAAUCGUGUUAGAUGCCGGAGAUGGCGUCUCUCACGUUGUGCCCAUAUUUGAAGGUUACGCCUUACCUCACGCAAUUGACCGUAUCGAUCUGGCUGGACGAGAUUUGACCAGCUACCUGGGCAGGAUCCUCCAUGAGCGCGGCUACAACUUUACUACCUCAGCCGAACGAGAGAUCGUCCGAGAUAUCAAGGAGAAACUCUGCUACACUGCAGUCGACUUUGAAAGUGAAAUGGUGUCCGCAGUCAACUCUUCAUCUAUCGAAAAAAGCUACGAGCUUCCGGAUGGCAACGUUAUCACUAUUGGCAACGAGCGCUUCCGGUGCCCCGAGACAUUGUUCCAGCCAUCAUUCAUUGGAAUGGAAUCGGUUGGAAUCCAUGAGAGUUUGUACAACUCGGUAAUGAAGUGUGAUUUGGACAUUAGGAGAGAUUUGUUUGCGAACAUUGUAUUGUCCGGUGGUACAUCGAUGUUUCCAGGCUUGGCUGAUCGCAUGGUAAAGGAACUCCAGUCUUUGUGCCCGCCGAGCAUGAAGGUAAAAGUUACCGCCCCUCCUGAGCGUAAGUAUUCAGUCUGGAUAGGUGGCUCCAUCCUGGGCUCACUCUCAACUUUCCAGGCCAUGUGGAUCUCCAAGGAGGAGUACGACGAGUGUGGACCCAGCAUUGUGCACCGGAAAUGUUUUUAAU